AGAGAUGGGUCCCAUGUUCCCACCGCCCAUACGCACGCUGUCUGUCUCACCAAAAACCGAACUCAUCAUCCAUCCAACUUCACACACCCCCCUACCUAACCUUAACCCAAUUAUACUACAACUAUAACCCAACCCAAAAGAAUCAAAUUCAUCCAACUCAAUUCUCUCUAGCUUUCUCUCUUCUCACUUCAUUUUUUCCCCAAACCCUCACCAAAAGAAAAGGAAAGAAAAGGAUUGUAGUAUGGUUGAUUCACCUCUUUCUCCUGAAUCCCUUAUUGGGUUGUCAAAACUUCAUUACUUUCCCUUUCCAACUCUUCUUUGGUGAAGGUUACAAGUAAUUUCCUAGGUUAGAGAUGGAUCAAUUAACAGCUCAUGGGCGUCCUCUUCCACCUCCUUUUCACACAAGAGAUGUUCAGUUACAGAAUAACAAUCCUCAUCUCCACGCCCAGUUCCAUCACAUACAACAACAGCAACAGCAGCAGAAGACUGAAGAUGAACAACAAAGCGGACAUCGAAAUCAAAAACGAGAUCGUGACGAUAACUUCAGUUUAAAUCCUGAUCAAUCUGGUUCCAUGGAUAGCAAAGGAAACACUAUUGGAGAAGUGAGUAGAAGACCAAGAGGAAGACCAGCUGGUUCAAAAAACAAACCAAAACCACCAAUUAUUAUCACUCGGGAUAGCGCAAACGCUUUGAGAUCUCAUGUGAUGGAAAUCGCUACUGGAUGUGAUAUACAGGAAAGUAUAUCAAACUUCGCAACAAGAAGACAACGAGGUGUUUGCAUAUUAAGUGCCAGCGGAACUGUUACAAACGUUACAAUUAGACAACCCGCGUCUCCGGGUGCGGUGGUAACUCUACAUGGAAGAUUUGAAAUCUUAUCUCUUUCCGGUUCCUACUUACCACCGCCAGCACCGCCAGCCGCAUCAGGGCUGACGAUAUACUUGGCCGGAGGACAAGGCCAAGUAGUUGGCGGUAGCGUUGUCGGGCCGUUGAACGCUUCAGGUCCGGUGGUGAUAAUGGCGGCUUCGUUUGGGAAUGCAGCCUAUGAAAGACUUCCACUUGAAGACGAAGAAUCGCCGGUGGGGCAGCAAGGAAGUGGAGGGAAUUUAGCAACAAGUACUAAUCAAGGUGCAGCAGCAGCACAACAGAUUAUGGGUACUGAUCCAAAUGCUAAUAAUUUACUACAAGGAUUGCCUCAAAAUCUACUAAAUUCAUGUCAAUUACCACCAGCUGAAGCUUAUUGGGGAGCAGGAGCUCGUCCUCCUUAUUGAUUUUAAAAUUGGGAAUUAACUUCAAAACUAGCUGUCCUCUUUUUUUUUUUUCUCUUUAAUUUGCAUUUUGUUAAUCUUGGAACAUGAUUUCCAAAUUCCAAUAUUAUAGUACAGUAGUACUACUAUUAACCAUCUUUACUUCUUCUACUUCUUUUUUAAGUGUUAAUUAGUCGGAUUAGUCGGGUUUGUGAUGAUGUUGUGUACACAUCAUCCUUCUUUUCUUCUGACUCAAACUUUGUAAGGUUAUACCCAAUAUGUUGUUAUCUUAUUAGUCAUUUAGUGAAGGAUGUAAAAUUUCAAGUAUCA